AACCAAGGACAUAUUUUCAUUAUUUCCCUACGGUACCACCUUUGACACUUCACACAUGGCGCUUUGCUCCUGCUUUACAUCUUGUACAGCCAUCCCCAGUGCCUCCAGCGCCUCGUCCAAAGUGCACUUCUCUCGUUGUAUAUAACCAGCAUGCAUGAGAACCGGAAGUCUUCUCAGUGUCCGUCCCGAGAAAGAAGUGCAUUCGUUUGCGCACCGCCACAGCCUACUCGAUGGAGCAUUUGGCUGCGAGAAGAUAUUCAUUCUUGCCUCUUCGGGACUGGGUAUCGGCCUCUUUCUGCAUUUUAGCCAAGAGAAGAAGCGGAACAGACUGUGAAAUACUUGUUCUUCAAUCAAUCCACAGCGUAUGAGUUCGUUCAAACAGGUCCUGAGGAUUAUGUAGAUGGCGCUAGCGGUUGGGGCGUUAACAUAUUGUUUGAUAUCAGCUCGAUCGAGAAAGGCCGUGUCCAUUGCUUCCAGGAGGUUGGACGUUGUCAAAACAAUAACCUAGAUAGUUUGAAAGGUUAGAACCGCAUGGACCCCCUUUGAGAAGGAUUUUUGCAUUUUUCUUAUGGCGGAGCUUGUCCAGUCCUGUUAACAGUGCAUUCACAACCUAGAACCCUUAUCAACGAGCUUGCCCGCGACGCACGAGAAGUUGGGGCAUUAGACCCUCAGAGAGUCACUUGGUUCAUUUCCACCUGCGGCCGAUUUUCUUGCUGAAGUUAAGGA